AUGGGAACGGCUGAUGUUUCUUUCAUCACAUUAUUGGCCUAUACUCCAAAUGAGAAGGCCUACAUACAGAUCUACAAUGUGUCAUCACUGCAAAAGCUUCAAAGCUUUGACCUGCCCCCCGAGAGUGCCAUCACUGCAUUUGUCUUCGCCGCUUUGAAUUAUACCAUCAUAUUGUUCUGCAACUCCCUCCUCCUGUUUACCAUCAUAUGCAAUAAGUCUCGUCAUCAUCCCAUGCACAUUCUGCAGAUAAAUUAGCCUAUUAAUGAACUCACUGGUUCCACAUCCCUGUUCCCACAUAUCAUGCAGAGGCUCCUCUUUGACACCAGGACCAUAACGUUCUCCGCCUGUGUCUUAGCUUCCGUGUUCAUUUUGACUGCUAUGGCAUAUGACAGAUAUGUCGCCAUCUGCCAGCCAAUGAGAUACAACACCAUUUAGCAAUAGUCAUCUUGUGAAAAUCAUCUGUUGGUUUGGCUUUCUAAUUGGGCACUCAUAGGUGUUCUUUUUAUUUUGUUGUUGCGUCUGCCUCAUUGUAGGUCUUACCUCACUCAUACAUACUGUGACAAUUCUUUCCUGGUGCAGCUGGUCUGUGCAGACAUGACCAGUGAAAAUUUACUUCAGAGCUACAAGAGCGGAAGUGCCUUAGCUGGCUGA